AUGCAAAUUGCUGCACCAGGCGUCUUCUCCCGCAGGGAUGUCUCUUGAUCCUGGUACUCCUACAAAGCCUAGCUACACCCGCAGUGCUAGCCUCCCUGCUGAAAGCCACCUGGUGACCUGUGCAAAUCCUGCUAAGGUUUCCUGCAAGAAACAGUUGGAGUGCCUGGCGCAGCUCUAUUCAUUGUGUAUAGCAGAAAACCUGGUGCCAAAUAUUUUUCUGGAGCUCUUUUUUGUUCUGCAGCUGUUGACAUCUAAAGGCACUUCUGCUGCAGAAGAUGAGGAUAGUGACCUUGAAGUCAAUGAAGGAAGUAAAGAUGCAUCGAGGAGGCAGCAUUUUCAAAGUGUGCACAAUUGUGUUUAUUUUGCAGUUCAAGUCUUGGAUUAUCAGUAUGAAAUUAUCUCCCGUCUAGAAAAGGGGACACUGAAGCUUUUGGCUGAAAAUGAGCGAAUCGCAUCCUUUUCCCCCACGUUGCAUGAGAAGCUCAGGCGGGCUUAUGAAAGCAGCACAGCCAAGGUGUCUCUCUUGCUGCCAUGCUCUGUACAGUCCGUUUCUUUCCAGCCAGAAACAGACAAUCGCUCUAACUUUCCUAGUGACAGAGCAUUUCACAUAUUUAAGAAACAAAGGGACAUAUUUUAUGAACUACUGCGUGAGUGGGAGGAUAACCAUGAAAAAACUGGAUGGGACUUCGAAAGAGUUUUGGGCAACAAGAUCAGGGCCAUGAUGGCUCACCUGUCUGCAACCUGCAACCACAGCCAUUUUGCCAGGCUCUUUCAGAAACAGCUUAUCCAGAUGUGUAAAGGUCCUAUUGGCGGUGGUGCAAGCUGGGGAGACACCCCAGACCAGGAUGUCCUUAAUAUGCUGGGUUCUGAUAAUCUGAGCCGUCUGAAGAGGCUGCAGGAAAGAUUCGUUGUUCCUCAGAGCAUCAGAGGGCCUUGUCCACCCCCUUCAUUCCCGGGGUGCCAGCAGUUCUUCAGGGACUUCAUCCUCAGCGCAGGAAGUUACCAGUUCAAUCAGCACCUGAUGGAUAGUCUGUGCCUGAAGAUACUGGAACUCAAUGGCCUUACUCUGGUGGAGCAUGAGCACGGUGAUGGGGAAGCAGAUAUGGAUGAACAGGAUGAAAAGAAGCGUUUCACUGUGGUCCUGUUAAGCCUACGACUCCUCGCCAAGUUCCUGGGGUUUCUUGUUUUCUUGCCAUAUCGCACCAUGGAUCAACCGACUAGAGACUUGCAAGACUCUGCUGUAGCAUUAAGAAACCAAACCCUGCCUGUACUGGAUGUUUUGAAGCUUCUGAGACAAUCUAUUCGGGACCAACGUUCCAUCCUCACUAUCCCUUGGAUUGUGGAGUACCUUUCCCUGGUGGAUCAUAUUGCUCCUUUCCUUGAUUACUACAGGAAAGUAUUUUGUCUCUUGCUGCAGGUAUACAGGUUAAUGGUCCUUUCUGAAGAUAAGGAGAUGAGUUUCCUGAACAAGCUGCUGAUCCUUGCAGUUCUAGGUUGGCUUUUUCAGGUUCCAUCAGUUCCUGAAGAGUUGUUUUUUACCACUGAUGUCAGGCAGGAGGGAUUGAUGAUGGAUACUGCGACAUCUGCUCAGGCUUUGGACUCUGUACCCUUGGUGGAUCAGCAGUUGCUUUAUACCUGCUGUCCCUAUCUUGGUGAGCUGCGGAAGCUGCUUGCCUCCUUUGUGGCUGGUAGCGGAGCGAAAAAUGGUGGCUUUAUAAGGAAAAUCACUCCCACAGCUGCAGAGUCCUUGGCACCCAAGGCUUCUGUCACGCACCGGAAACUGCAGGUAGAGUUGGAACAGGCCUUCUUCCACAACCAGCCUCCCUCCCUACGGAGAACAGUUGAAUUUGUGGCAGAGAGGGUGGGAUCCAACUGCGUUAAGCACAUCAAGGCAACACUGGUAGCAGAGUUAGUCCAAAGGGCUGAAGGCAUGUUGCAGGAUAAAGUGAAGGAGGAGGAUGCUAAUCAAGACAAGCUGCUCGAAGAGGUGUGCGCUCACCUGUAUGAGGAAGGGGCCCAGGCACUCAUCAAAGGCAGAGAAUUUUGCAAAAAGAAAGGUCCUGAGGCAAUAAGGGUGUUACUACCGGAAGAGACCUCUGCAGCAGUUUUAAGUAGCGCAGAAGACAUCGCGGUGGAGCUGGCAACCGAGAAAGCCUGUGGCUGGCUUUCUGCCAACAUUGCAGCACUCAUCAAAAGAGAAGUGAAGGCAACCUUCAACAGGAUGCUGAAAGUCCCAGGACUUGCCUUGCCUGGUGAGGAUGCUCUGGAGUCAAGACGAGACUGCCCUCCAGGCUGUCAGCACUGUGCUCCCUUUCCCUCCCAAAUCAUCAAUGAAAUUAAGGAUGUGCUCUGUAUUGCUGUGGGCCCACGGGGUGAGGGUGAAGUGAUUGACUACAUCUGGCUGGAGUGCUUGCUGGGAAGACUGAGUCAGACACUUCGAUGCAGAAAGUUCAUGUGUCCCACAUCAGAACAGCAGCUGGCCAAGUGCACAGUUGAGUUGGCUUCUCUGCUGGUUUCAGAUCGUGUUCCCCUGAGUCUCAGGAUCAAUUCCCCAGAGAAGAGCUCUGAGAGGCUGCAUGUAAAGAAUAAUCCCACCUAUGGCCUUCUGAAGCUGCUGCUUUCUGUCUGGAAGGAGGACUUUGGGACACCUGUUCCUGUGCAGCUGAUGUUCAGCAAGAAGAACAUGGGUUAUCUUGCAGAGGUUCAGAUAAAGCGUUGGGAUUUGUUCCUUUUCAUGCUUCAUGGUCUUGUAGAGCAUGAGCUAAUGAGAACUAGUGAAAUAGAGAAUUGCUUGCACAGCCUCGGGGAGCUCCCUUGGCCCUCAGAUUUUUUAAAGGAACUGGAAAUGCUGUCUAGAGUAUUUACAUCAGAACAUCACAGAGAAGAGCCCAGGACUAACCCUUGUGAGCUGACCAGACAACCUCUAGGUACCGUGACAGCACAAAGUUAG